AUGUCGCAGCCCUUGCCCCAAAGCGGUCUGACCGGCACCUCAAAGCUCAAGGCCGUGUCCGAGCUGAUGCGCCUGCUCACCGCCGAUCUUGCCAGCAGCACACAUAUGCCGUCCCAGCAACGAGAUGCAGCUCUGGAAGAGCUCAAGGUCUACGGUCGCGAUCCACGAAACGCAGACCCCAUUUUCACGAAAGAGGGCAUUGAGACUCUCACGAAACAUGCAUUCAACAGCUCGUCGACCAUAACGUCACGGAAUGCGCUGCGGUGCUUGGCCAACGCCCUCCUGAUAAAACCGGAAACGCGACAGAUCUUUGUCGACCUCGGCUAUGCGCCCAAGGCCUGCAACAAGCUCAAGUCGGCGAAUCUGGACACGGAGUUCCUCUUGUCGAGAAUCAUCUUCCUGACUACGUACGGCACCAAUGUGCAGCUGCAGACGCUCAUCGACCAACACCACCUUGCCGAUGCCAUUGUGCAGAACCUGGCACGACACGCCAAGCUCUCGGGAAAGAGUGCGAAUAACAGCAGCAGCAUGAUUGCCGGCGCUGGCGCCGGCAGCAGCUUGGUUGCAAAGGCCAAGGGGAAGGAAACCUCCAAGGCAGACCCCAUGGCGGAUAUGGCGCUGACCGAGACGGCCAAGCUCCUGUUUAACGUCACGCACUUCUGCCAGGACCGUGUCGAUGCGUUCACGCCGGCGAUUGCACCGAUUGUGACUAUGAUCUGCAAGCACGACACGCCGCAGCCGAAGCCGCUCGAGGCGCCGGUCAGCUCGCUCGUCAACGCGCUCCUGACGCUCAACCUCGCCGGCAAGGAGGGCAGCGCGGCGUUGUUUCCAGCCAAGGGCGAGACGACGAUGCUUGCAGACCGGCUCGUGCAGCUGCUGGACCUGGCGCUGCAAAACUACAGCGACACGGAGCUCGACCAGGCGGUGCUGCCGCUGGUGACGGCGCUGCGCAAGAUCUAUGAGCUCGCGCCAGCAGACAAAGUGCGGCCGGCGCUGCGUGCCGGCCUGCUGCCCAAGGCGGCAGACCGCAAGAAGGUGUUGGGGUGGGGUGACACGCUGGCAGCGAAGCUGCUGCGCCACAUGACGAACGCGCUGGCGCCAGAUUUCCGCAACGCGGUAGCACACAUGCUGUUUGAGCUGUCGGACAAGGACGCGACCAAGUUUGUGCAGAACGUGGGUUACGGGUUUGCGUCGGGCUUCCUGUUCCAGAACAACGUGCCGAUGCCCGAGGGGGCAACGGAGGCGUUCCAGGCGGCAGCAGCAGCAGACGGUGACAACAAACGGGUGAUCAAUGCGAUUACGGGCCAGUUCAUCGACGAGGAGACGGAACCUGACCUGCCGGAGAUGACGGAUGAGGAGAAGGAGCGGGAGGCCGAGCGACUCUUCGUCCUGUUUGAGAGGCUGAGGAGAACGGGUAUUGUGAACGUGGAGAACCCAGUUGCGACGGCAUUGCGAGAAGGCCGCUUCCAACAGAUAGACGACGACAAGCGGGUGGAAGAGCUAGACUAG